AUGGGUCCGAAGGUUCGAGUUCCUCGACUUCCUUGUCGACGCAGCGCUCGUAAUAUGAAAGAAGGUUCGAGUAGAGUCGAAGAUACUGAAGCCAUAAAUGUCAGAGACAGAGAGGUUCGAACCGAAGAGAUUGUAGUUGAAACUGUUGCAGAAGCGGAUGGAGGAAACGAUGGAGGAAACGAUGGAGGAGAAGCGGAUGGAGGAGAAGCGGAUGGAAAAGAUGAUUGUGAAGCAAUUGUCGAUGAUGAUGAGGAUCAGCUAGAAGAGGAAGAGGAGGUCAAUGGAAUUACAGUUGAAGAAGUAGAUUGUCCAGAUUUAGCAGUUCACUUUGGAGAUGUUGCUAGAGAGCCAGAGGAAGAAAGUGAUGCAGACAGCGGCGAUGACAUUUGGGAUGAAGAUAUCAUUCCCGAUCCGUUAUCAUCUGAUGACGACGAAGAAGCUGUGAAUCAUAAGGAGACGCGUGCCAACACAGUCGACAGUGAAGAGCUCUUGUUCCUAGGAAAGACGUUCAACUGUGCUGCUGAUUUCAAGGUUGCAUUGCUACGGUACUCUCUACGGACUAGGUAUGAUAUUAAGCUGUACAAGUCUUCAGCAAAACGGCUUGGUGCGAAAUGUUCAGACAAAGAGACAGAGUGUCCGUGGAGAGUGUACUGUUCUUAUGAGAGGAGGAAGCACAAAAUGCAGAUUAAAGUCUACAUCAAUGAGCAUAUAUGUUUGAGAUCGGGCUACUCUAAGAUGCUAAAAAGGUCUUCAAUUGCUUCAAUCUUUGAAGAGAGAUUACGGAUAAACCCGAAGUUCACCAAGAAAGAAAUGGCGGAUGAGAUAAAGAGAGAGUUCAAUUUGAUUGUCACCGAAGAACAGUGUGCAAAAGCCAAGUCAAAGCUGUACCGGGAAAGAAAAGCUGGCCAUGAAACACACUUCUCUCGCAUAUGGGAUUAUCAGGCAGAGGUUAUGAGAACAAACCCAGAGUCUAAGGUGGUGAUUGAGACUAUUCCAGGAGCAACUCCAACAAGCAAGCAAAGGUUCGAUCGCAUGUAUGUUUGUUUUACAUCGCAAAGAGAAACUUGGAUAGAGAGUUGUAGGCCUAUCAUUGGGUUAGAUGGGGCCUUUUUGAAGUGGGAUAUCAAAGGUCAGCUCUUAGCUGCUGUGGGAAGAGAUGGAGACAAUAGGAUUGUACCAAUCGCAUGGGCUGUGGUCGAGAUUGAGAAUAAUAUCAAUUGGGAGUGGUUUGUGAAGCUUCUCAAAGCUGAUUUGGGACUGGAAAAUGGUGGUAGGAUCACCAUAAUCUCGGACAAGCAGAAGGGACUGGUGAAGGCUGUGAAAGAAGAGCUUCCAGAGGCUGAACAUCGGAUGUGUGCAAGACACAUUUUGGCCAACUGGAAGAGGGACAGCAAAGAUCCUCAACUAGAGAUUCUGUUUUGGAAAAUAGCACGCAGCUACACCGAAGGAGAUUACAAAGAGAAUCUGAAAGCGCUUCGGCUAUAUAGCUCAGGUGCGCAUGAGUCUCUACUUAGGACAAACCCUGAAACAUGGUCUAGGGCUUACUUUAGAAUAGGGUCCUGUUGUAACGACAACCUCAACAACCUUAGUGAAUCUUUCAAUAAAACCAUUAAGGAAGCUAGAAAGAAACCUUUGCUUGAGUUGUUAGAAGAUAUUAGGAGGCAGUGCAUGGUCCGUAAUGCCAAAAGAGCGAUUGUAGCUUCACGUUUGAGGACAACAUUCACUAAGAGAGCACAUAAGGAAAUAGAAGCUACUAAAGAGAAGUCUAAGGAUUGCAAAAGGUAUAUUGCUUGUGAUGAAUACAAUGAGAUAGAUGAUGGUGGUACUACAUAUUCUGUGGAUAUGGCUGCUAGAACUUGCGGUUGUAUCAAGUGGCAAUUGACAGGCAUACCGUGUAUCCAUGCCUCAUGUGUUAUCAUGGCGAAGAGGCUGACUUUUGGUCACUAUGUUUCAAACUACUACACUGCUAACAUGUGGCGUUUAACAUACUCUCGUGGUAUUAGGCAUGUACAAGGUAUGAAGUUGUGGCCUCAGCUUAAUAGAUUACCAGUCCUACCACCACCCUAUAGAUUAGGAAACCGUGGUCGACCAAGCAACUAUGAGAGGAAAAAAGGUCAGAAUGAAUCAUCUUCUUCAUCAACAAAGCUAUCUCGAGAGCAUCGGGUGAUGACAUGCUCUAAUUGUCUCGAAGAAGGCCACAACAAAACUACAUGCUCAAAUGCAGCUGUUCAGCCACAACCUAAAAGGCCAAGAGGACGCCCAAGACUCUAUCCUCAGGCUCAACCAUCGCAAGGAAUGUCUCAAGAACAAUCACAAGAGAUGCCUCAAGGAUCACAAAUGUUGCUUUUGAACAAUCACAUCUUUAUCUUGUAA